GCAGAAUACACAGGUUGUCCGGUAGUGACGGACGAGCCAGGGGCGCGAUCACCAGCAACGAUCAUACGACGACGAGGUGGCCGAGAUGAAGGAACUCGAGACAGCGGCAACUGGCCAGAGGAAACCGACGAAACUGAGGAACCUCAUCUACAAGACCGAGGCUUUUGAUUCUCUGCACGCGAGGAAUGCGGAGAGAACGCUGUGUUCGGGUCAAGUGUGCCUGGGCAGCGUUAUGCAGCUACCAACGCACGGGACCGAGUGCCGUUCCAAGGAAGAAAUCCUCGUGCAGGCAAAAGAGUUCCUCGAACAGUAUUUUUCAUCCAUCAGAAGGUUGAACAGCGACGCUCAUCAUUCCCGCUGGGAUUGCGUUCAGAAGGAAGUCCUGGUUACAGGCACCUAUCAACUCACCGAAACAGAAUUGGUUUUUGGUGCUAAACUGGCAUGGCGUAACGCUGCAAGGUGCAUCGGUCGCAUUCAAUGGUCCAAAUUGCAAGUGUUUGACUGCCGUUACGUAACCACGACGAGUGGUAUGUUCGAAGCUUUGUGCAACCACAUUAAGUACAGCACGAAUAAGGGAAAUAUCAGGUCCGCGAUAACGAUAUUUCCGCAACGCACGGAUGGAAAACACGAUUACAGAGUCUGGAAUCAGCAAUUGAUAAGUUACGCCGGUUACAAGAAUCCUGAUGGUACCGUGAUCGGGGACCCUGCCAAUGUCGAGUUCACCGAGCUCUGCAUAAAACUUGGCUGGAAAUGUGCACGUACUCGUUUCGAUGUACUACCAUUGGUACUAUCGGCGAAUGGUCACGAUCCUGAUUACUUCGACAUUCCAAGCGAACUUGUUCUCGAAGUACCUCUUAGUCAUCCUACAUACGAGUGGUUCGAAAAGUUGGAGUUGAAAUGGUUUGCUGUUCCCGCUGUGUCAGGAAUGGUGUUCGAUUGCGGGGGUUUGGAAUUCACAGCUGCACCAUUCAACGGAUGGUACAUGAGCACUGAAAUUGGAGCAAGAGAUCUGUGCGAUGUUCAACGAUACAAUUUAUUAGAGCCAAUAGCGACGCACAUGGGACUGGACACAAGGACAUCGACCUCCCUGUGGAAAGACAAAGCUAUGAUAGAAGUUAACGUUGCUGUGCUGCACAGUUUUCAAAUGAAGAACGUGACGAUCGUAGAUCAUCAUACCGCUUCGGAAUCUUUCAUGAAACACUAUGAGAACGAAAUGCGAUUAAGGAACGGUUGUCCAGCCGAUUGGUUGUGGAUCGUGCCACCGAUAUCGGGAUCAGCUACGCCCGUGUUUCAUCAGGAGAUGGCUCUGUACCAUUUGAAACCAUCCUAUGACGCUCAGGACCCUGCUUGGAAAACGCAUGUCUGGAAAAAAGGUCGGGAUAAGAAGGCAACAUCCAAGAAACCGAGACGUAAAUUCCAUUUCAAGCAAAUUGCAAGAGCCGUGAAAUUCACGUCCAAGUUGUUCGGAAGAGCUUUGUCCCGAAGGAUUAAAGCUACGGUGCUGUUCGCUACAGAGACUGGAACGUCGCAAAUGUACGCUGAGAAGCUUGGCGAAUUAUUAGGACAUGCUUUCCAUUCUCAGGUGCUCUCCAUGUCAGACUAUGACAUCAGCAACAUUGAACACGAAGCUUUACUACUGGUUAUAACGUCUACUUUCGGGAAUGGCGAUCCUCCGGAAAACGGCGAAGUAAAAUUUUCUUUUUAUACAAUAAUUCGAGGCUCCCAUUCUUAUUUCACGCUUGCUACUCGUUUCCAGGCCUUUGCACAAAACUUGUACGCGAUGAAAAUGAAUGAAACGUACAUCAAUAGCGGUAACAAGAUCAGUUUGGCAACUUCGAAGUCGUUUAUCAAAGCAAACAGUCAGACAGAAGUAAACAAUUCUAAGAAACUGGACCGAUUGGAUUCUCUUCGUGGAUCGACUACCGAUUCUCAAACGGAAGACACUUUCGGACCGCUGAGCAAUGUUAGAUUUGCUGUUUUCGCGUUGGGAUCGUCAGCGUAUCCGAAUUUUUGUGCGUUCGGUCGCUACGUGGACAACUUAUUAGGGGAACUAGGCGGGGAACGAUUGUUGCGACUGGCGCAAGGGGACGAAAUGUGCGGGCAGGAACAAACUUUCCGAAAGUGGGCACACGAUACGUUCGCGGUUGCGUGCGAGACCUUUUGCUUAGACGAUGACGAUACUUUGCUAGAAGUCGCUCUGUCUUUAGGAUCGGAAGCACUGUCAGCUACAACUGUUCGCUUCGUAGAAGCUGAUCCUCAACCAAUCGUGAAAGCAUUGAGCAAAUGCCACAAUAGAAACGUAACUACCUGUAAUAUGUUCCAAAAGAAAAAUUUAAGCGGCGACUCGUCAAGUGGAACCACGUUACUUUUGGAGCUAGAUGAUAUAGCAAGCAUGGAGAUAUCGUAUAAACCUGGUGAUCAUUUGGGGGUGUUUGCAUGCAACAGGCAGGAACUUGUAGAUGGAAUUUUGAAACGAGUACAAACUCCUUUUGAUCCAGAUGUACCGAUCGAAUUGCAAAUGCAGAAACAAUCGCAUACGCCUAAUGGUAUUGUAAAAACAUGGGUAGCACACGAUCGAUAUUUACCCAAUUCUCUGAGAAUGUUAUUAACCAGAUUUUUGGACAUCACAACACCACCGACGCCAAAUCUUCUCAGAUACUUUGCAUCUAUAGCUACUAAUGCAAAAGAACAAGCACAACUGAAUCUUCUGGCUUCUGACCCAGCAGCUUACGAAGAUUGGAGACAUUGGAAAUUUCCGAAUUUGGUAGAAGUACUGGAUGAAUUUGCAUCCGUGAAACCACUUGCGCCAUUGUUACUGCUUCAUUUGACCCCUUUGCAACCUCGAUUUUACAGCAUCUCUUCAUCUCCUGAUGUACAUCAAGGACAGAUACAUCUUACUGUCGCCGUUGUACAAUACAAAACACAAGGUGGUUCAGGACUGGAUCAUUAUGGAGUCUGUUCUAAUUAUCUACGCGAGAUAUCAGACGGAGAACCUCUCUAUGUUUUUGUACGUAGUGCGCCUAAUUUUUAUAUGCCAAUCGCAUCGAAAGCACCUAUGAUAUUAGUCGGUCCUGGUACCGGAAUUGCUCCCUUCCGUGGCUUUUGGCAUCACAGACUUGCGGAAAUAAGGCGUAAUCCAGAUCUUGAAUAUGGGAAAGUUUGGUUAUUCUUUGGUUGUCGCCAAAGAAACUUGGACUUGUAUAGGCAGGAGAAAGAAGAAAUGAUAGAAGGCGGAGUUUUAGAUAAGGUCUUUCUAGCCCUUUCGCGAGAACCUGGAUUAAAGAAGACGUACGUACAAGAUUUAAUUCUAGCAGAAGCUCCACAAAUUUAUGAUAUGUUAGUGUACGAACGAGGUCAUUUUUACGUAUGCGGUGAUUGUACAAUGGCGGAGGAUGUUUAUCAAACUUUAAAACACAUAAUACAAACUCAUGGUGAAAUGACGGAUAAGCAAGUCGAAGCGUAUAUGUUAUCACUACGCGAUGAAAACCGCUAUCACGAGGAUAUAUUUGGUAUCACUCUACGAACGGCAGAAGUGCACAAUCGAUCGAGGGAAACAGCAAGAAGCAGAAUGGCUGCAGAGCCUUAGAUAUUGUAACGCGCAUAAUCUUCAAAAGUUAUAAACAAUUUGUAGAUAGUUUUCAAUUAUGCAUAUCAUGCAUGUUUACCGCAGACUAUGAGCAAACAUUAAAAUUUUGAAAAUAUUUAAAUACUACUACUGCUGGUAGCAGUUAUCCAACAUAUCUAAUAAUCACAUAAUUUCCUACGAUUCUAUCAACCGUAAUGUAUGAGUUUCUAAUAACAGCAUAAUAUGCGCAUAUAUUUUUGAUGCUAAGAAUUGAUCCUCUUGAUUAAAUAUCAGAAGAACAAACAAUAUAUUUGUUUUAAAU